GCACUGCUGCGCUGCGGUCCGACAUUGCUGUCGAAGUUCGUUCUUCUGUGCCACAGAGCGCUGCCGUUCUGCUGAUUUGCCAUCGAAGCGCUGCGCUGCAUUUUCAGUUCGGUUUCGUGCAUUAACGUAUUUAGACGUGUAAUAAAUGAUGUCCGUGCGCUAAGAAUGCGGCAACUCACGUUGUUUGUGUAUGUGCAUUCUGUGAAGAAUUGAAAACAUAAGAAAGAAUUAAGUUAUGAACAAGUAAAUCGAAGUGUUAUCAAUUAAAAUACAAUUUCGCGAAAAUACUGAAAAUAAGAAAUUUGUGAUUGUAUGUUGUGUUAGCGGUGUCUAAAGAGCAGCACAGCAUCCGCCAACACGUUGUUGGUGUUCAAGGAGCGGCAGACAGUGCGAAAAACGUCGCCGCCCUAGCAAAUAAUGAAGGAAAGGUGUAUGCUUGCUGCGCCACAAGCGUUUGCUGCAUAAAUUAAUGAAUGAGUAAAGUGGCAAGUGAAUGAAUGAUAAAGCAGUGAUAAUCACACAGUAUGUCGAUGUUGUAUUUGAAAGGGUUGAAUGAGACCAGUGUCAAGUUUUGAAUAAAACUGGUGCUCCCAGUUCUGUAUUUAAAAUUAUUUACAAUCUUGAGCACAAUAACAACUUGACUGCCUCGAUUCAACAGAUAAAAGUUUAGUUAAACGUUUAAAUUUGAUAGUGAAGCCGCGUGUUGCAAGCAAAGUUUGUUGCAAAUACCACAACUUAAACGCGAAAGUUCUGUUCCUUCAAAGGUCGCGUCAAAGGUCAAAGAACUAGAAGUCUUUUCUGAAAACCAAUUCAAAGAAAUAAGCAAAUUUAAAUUUGUUACUGUAGCAUUUCAUGUUGCCGGUGGCGUGACAUUGUGAAAAUAUUGUAACGCCUCUUAAGUACGGAAUAAUAACUUAAGUCAAGCGUUUGUAAACAUCUACCAAACAACAACAGCGCAGUAUAAAAAUAAACAAAAUUUGAAAUUUGUAAUAUUUAUAGACAUAAGCUCUGACUUGUGCUCGACCAACUGAACAUCACCUAGAGAAAGGAGCCGACCCAUAGGCCGACUCGACAAUAUCAGCGCCUUGGCUGACUUUUACGCCAGCAGGAAAAACGCACAUAAGUAAAUAAAUAAUUUUUAGCCGCAGCAACGUCGUCUCCUCCAUCCUUGGGCGGCCCCAAAAAAUUGCAUACAAACGGAGAGCGCAAUCAGCUGUGGAGAACACAGUGGCAACAUUAUCAGUUGGUGUCGAGUGGUAGAGGACACGCUCUGAAGAUGAACCUGUGUUAGAGCGAAAAUGGCAGCGCGAGACGCAGCCACAGCCGUCUUCUCAGCAGUAGUCAGGCCGCGACCGUUGAAGCGUUUGGUAAUGUUUGUGAUGAGAGUGGGCGCGUUUUGAGAAAAUGUAAGGAUCAGUGCGUGAGUUGUUUGUGAGGACCUUUCCACCACACUUGCUAAAUGUUAUAACAAAAAAAAAAAAACAAGUCAAUGAAAUUACGCGACGAACAUGUCUAGAAAGUAACUACUUAUGCAAAUACAUAAUUUUACGAUUAUUUUUAUUAUCAUCGCGAGUGGUAAGCGCGCGCAUAUACAGAUAUCAAGAAAAGUGUAAAAUUUAAUGAAACGCCGUGUCGCGUGUGUCGAUGCGACAUGCACGUAUGUGUGUGUGUGUGUGUGUCACAGGGUAACCAGAGCUGCGUGUGCCGUUUGGCAGGUCACCCGUCUGAGCGUUUUCAUUGAGUAUAAUGCUAUUUUAGGCAAAGCAACACAUUCCUGCCAUAUGCCACCAAAAACAAGAGUGUUGUAAAUUUUUAUGUUUGUACGCGCGUUUGUAAAAUCUUAUGAGCGCUGUCAUUAAAGCUGUACAUAACGAGCAUUCUACACAGUGAAGCGAAAAAAACGCUAAGCGCUAGAUCGUGUUUAAAAGUAUUAUAAAAAAGCAACAAAAAUAAUAACUGAAAGUGUUAUACCAAAGCACCACUGCCAAUUGGCAUUUGUUCCUUAAUGCGCCUACGAAAAUCGCUUGCUUCCUGUAACAGCGCACGACUGUUAUUGUGUGCGUGUAUGUGCGCGCGCCGGUGCUUAAGUGAAAUUGCAGCGAUUUUAACGCUAGAAAUGUGUGUGUUCAAAUGUUUGCUGCCAAAUUGAUUUAAACUGCCACUUAUGUAGUAAAAGCAAAAAUAAAGGCGCACGAAAAUAAGUCCUAGGUGAAUUAGCGCGCAAGCAAAGAUCUCGCCAAACAGUGGCAAAAAGCAAAGUAAAAAUAGCACAUCAAGUAGCGCCAAAACGAAAUGUGUACCGCCCCUUGACGCGCCAGCCCGACAAACGGUAAAUGGAAAUAUUUUCGCGGAAAUUGCAUGCCGUGCAACAUUUACCACCAAUGUCCAUUAAUAGUUGCCCCUGCGUGUAACUGUAUGUAUGUGCGCUUAGCAGCCGAGUGACUACUGCCGCCUAAUAGUGCAACUGCGCGGCAAUAGAGCGCAACAAUACAAAUACAAAUAAACGAAUUUACGAAAUUUAAGUGCAAAAUUAGUGAAAUAAAUAAUAUAAAGUGUUAUUAACGUGCGAGUGCAACAAGCAGCGCCGCGCCACCGCUUACGUUUCAAGUGCGCGCCGCCACAUGUGAGCGCUCCUAUAUACACGCGUCCCAGCAACCCAAGCUAACGAAACGACCAAGCGAGCAAACCAACCGUCAACAAUAAUUACGCGCGCGUAAAUUGGUCCCGUUUCGACAUUUUGUAGCGCGUUAAUUGCCGCAUACACGCUAAAUUCGCACAACAACAACUCGGGUACAAAACUUCGCGCCAUUAGCGUCCGACCUCCCAAGGCACCUGUUCGAGUGACAUUACGCUGUGUGUGUGUGUGUGUGUUUACUGUUUACCGUUAAUCGCUCGCCUUCGAACUUGCCACAUUCACAAUGGCCGUUAGCAAUAUCGUUUGCGAGUGGCUACGCGCCCUUGGACUGUCGCAAUAUGCGGAGAGCUUUCUGGAUAAUGGCUAUGAUGAUUUAGAGAUUUGCAAGCAAGUCGGCGAUCCCGAUUUGGAUGCUAUUGGCGUGGAAAACCCCGUGCAUCGCCACAAGUUGUUGAAGAGUAUACGGCAAUUGCGUGAAAAAGGUGCCGCUUCCGUUUAUUUUUUGUUGAACGAUCCGAGUUCGUUAUCGGGCAGUAUGGAGAUUCUGUGUGAGACGCCACCGAACGAGCUGGAUAUAGUGUUGCGCGAGCAAUUGGAAACCGAUGGCAUCCGUUUGACAGCGCAUCCAUAUUCGACACCGGACGGUCAGCGCGGUCAUUUAGAGGGUCUAGCAUCCGUCUAUUGUGAAUUGUUAAUGGCUCCCUUUGGAGAUAUUUUAAGUGCUUUAGAAAACGCUCGUCAAGCGGCGUGGGCGGAGCGAAGUCCACUGAAUCCGGCCGGUGGCAGUGGGAGUAGCGGUAGUGGUAGUGGCGUCAGUGGCAUUGGUGGCCCCAGCGUCAGCACACACCACCGGCAUCAUGGUCAUCGGGGCCAUUCGAGCCAAGGUGGCCUGCCAAAUAGUCAUAGUCAGCCAAUUUAUGUGCCAGGAAAAUACUCGCCCUCGAGUUGUCUGUCCGACAAGGAAGAGGACGAAAUUUACGGUUUUGGUUAUGGUGUUUUUGCACCGCGUGUUGCACGUGGCGGUCUCACACAGCAGCAGCAGCUACUGCAACAGCAUACCUUGCAGCAGCAACAACAGGCGCAAGCAGCACAACAACAACAGCAGCAGCAAUUACCAUUAGUGCCAGGUAGCCAACAGCAUUUGCAACAACAACAACAACAGCAUCAAGCUCUACAAGCCCAUCAAACACUCCCGCCGAAUGUAGCACACUUGAAUUUCCUGCAGCAAAAUUGCUUAAGUCCAAGAUCAGCGUAUUUCUACGAAUUUCCACCUAAUGCAGAAGGUCGUGAGACCAAGAAACGUACCACCUUAGCGAGACUUCUAAAGGGUCUAAAAACUGUAAAUCGACGAGACCGAAGUAAUCAACAAACCGCCGCACAAGUGAGGGCGGCGAAUGAACGACUAAGACAUUUUCAAACAAUGAAUGGAGGACAUCACCAAAGUUUUGAAGAGACAAUCCACAGGCUGAAAGUACAAGAAGCAAUGCGCAAAAAGGAGAAAUUCCAACGCGAACACGAAGAGAUUUUACGAGAUAUACGGCAAGGUUUGCUUCAAAUGAGUCGUGAGGGUCGAAUAGACGAUACCUACAUGUAUGACGAUGCUCUACGUGGGCCACAUUACGCAGUCAGCGGCUUACAUCAUCAGGGUCACUGGUAUGAUGAGCCGCCAUAUGAGAGUGAUCCAGAUGACUUCCUGAUGUCCGGUAUCAAUUGUGGACCCGCCGCUACAAUACAGGGCGGUCGGGUACGUUUCACCUCCAAUCGUGAGAGUGUUGGUGUAAUUUCAUUAAGAUCCGCCGGAGAUAUUUCACUGCCACAGCGAGGACCGCCCCGGCGUGGGCUUAUCGUGCCACAGCAGCCGCCAAAUCCACCGACAAUAAUACCGUUAACGCAUGCCAGAUCGCAUGAUCGCGAAAGCGGCGACUACGCGGGCUCGAUAUCGGAUCUGCAAAGUGUCACCUCACGUCUCAGUGCAGUUUCGAUCGGCACCAAUAACUGCACCGCCCGCUAUCGCACGCUAAGUGGCGGCAUCGGCGAAUCGCCAUCGCUCUCGCCAAGUCCAUCAUCCGAUUACGAGGAUAUUGCGGCAACGCGCGGCCUACCGCCCAGUCUGGCGGCGAAGAGUAAAAAGAACGGCGUGCCGCACAAAGCCAACACCAUCAGCCAGAAGGCCACAGUGCAUCAUUCGAACGAAAUGCGAAACUCACCAAAGGAAAUUGGCGUAUUUAAUGAGAACGGAAGGAACUUUGUAGCCACAAAGGAUACUUCGAGGGAUUUCAGCAAUUCUCAAGAUAAUACCGACCGCGGCAGCAUGAGCGACCAGGCCUUUGCGUGCUCGGCAAGUUCGGUGGAAAGUUUACCCAGCGCUUCCGGUUCAAGUACCCAAGCAUUGGUGCGACCAGGCAGCCCGCAAAGCUCCAUCUCCACCGAGGAUCGCGCUUCGUUAGUGCAAAUUUGCAAAGCCAAAGCACUUGUCGACAGUAUGCCGAAUCCAUAUGAUAAGGAUGCACUCAAGUUUAAAAAAGGUGACAUAAUCGAUGUGCUGUCAAUGAAUGCCUCUGGCAUCUGGAAGGGUCGUUGUCACGGCCGUAUCGGACACUUUAAAUUCAUCAAUGUUGAAGUGUUGCCCGAACAGCGUUUGAAGUCUUCGAAUAGCAAAAUCCUCUGUGCCGGCGGUUUGGGCAUUGGCGGCGUCGGUGGCGUCGUGGGCAUGAGUGGCGGCGCCAGCAUGCGGCAUGCCAGCAGCAAUGGUCCGAGCUCUGUUGAAGAUUUACUCUUUCGCAUUGGACUGAAGGAGUAUACAUCGGUCUUCGUUUUAAAUGGCUACGAAGACCUUGAACUCUUCAAAGAGCUAGAACCAGCUGAUUUGGACUAUUUGGGUAUUGUAAAUCAAGAACAUCGCGCUAAAUUGUUGACCGCCGUGCAGUUGCUGCACGAUAUUGAAUGUUCAGAUGGCGACAUUGCCGGUUCCAGCUCGGAGAAUGACGAGACACGGCUGAAUAAUAUCAACAAGAAGCAUGGCGCCUCACCCUUCGGCCGUCGGCACUUUCCACGCGACUCUGGCUGUUACGAGGGCUCCCCCGUGCCCACCUCGCAGACACCCACACAGAACAUACCCUCCACCGAUGAGUCGAACAGCUUGGACGAUGUCGUGACCAAGUGUUCCAGCGAGAUUAUGAAGCGCGUCGAAAGCGCGCGCCGCCAAAAGGAAAAUCCAUUCAAAGCAGGACUCUCCGCACGCGUUGGCAAGAAGGCGCUACUGGGCGCCAGCCUAAUGGGCGAAGACACUUUAACACGCGGCGGCGGCCUCAGCGAGAAGUCCAGCGAUUCGGGUGUCAGCAGCAGUUCGCUGUCCUCGGGUCCCAUGAAGAACAGCACUUAACACUUACCCACCAUACUCGCGCACGAGCUGAUGCUUGGCGUUGGCCUACCUGGACCCGGCGUGGGUUUGGCUGGCGGCAGCAUCGGCGGUGCGCUGGGCGGUGGUGGCGCCACUUCACCUACCACAUCCACUGCCUCGGCAGGCAUCGUUGGUUGCGGCAGCAGCGGCCUAUUGGGCAGCGCUGGCCUGUUACCUGGCUCUGCCUGCAGCACUUUGCCACAUCCGCCGUCUUCCGCCGCUGCAGCCGCUGUCGUGUCCAGCGCCUUGGCGGCGGCAUCGGCCACAUGCGCGGGCGUUGGCAGCGCUACGGCAAAUUUAAAUAGAAAUCUAGUGAUAUUGCGCAACCACUUGCGUAAAAAUACAAAUGUGGCGCCUACAAUGGCGGCGGUAGCGCCUGCAUCAGCGUCAACAGCGCUAUCCACACCGACCCAUACGGGCAUAUUCAAUGAUAUCACGCCCACCAACACCACCACGAACACACUCAACAGCAGUACAAUCAGCGCACACAUCAACAACAUUAAUACUAAUCUGGAUAGGGAUCAAUAGCCCAACAGCAAAUGGCACGGCGCUUUUAAUUUAGUUCGCUUAUUACAUUAUGUUAAUUAGAUGUAAAAAAUACGCAAAUUAAGUGAGGAGUAGCAUUAAAGUAAAAAUCAACACUUCAUUAUCAUAUAACUGUACAUAUGUGUAUUUAUAUUUGUAUAUGUAUGGUAUGGUAGUUAUGUAAAUCGCUGUGAUGACGCGUUCGAAUAUGCUUCAGUUCAAAUGUACAGUAAGUUAAUAUAAAUAAUGCACACAUUCAUACACACGCACACACACACACACACACACAUACGCAUUGUUAUUAUAGCAAACACAAAAAGUAAAUACAACGCUUUUAUAGUAUAUUAUUAAAAAAAUUAUUAUAUAUAUAUAGAGAGAUAUGUGUAUAACGGAUAUUUUGCAUUUGUAAUUUGAGUACUUCCUCAGGUGAUGGCAUUUAUUAAAUAGCAUUUAAUUAUUGUAUGUUUUAGCGGCAAUUUUUAUGUACAAAAAACUUCGCAGCAUUUAUGCAAAUUGAUUGAGAACAACGCAAACAACAACAAUAAAAAGUCCAAAACAUUUUAUUUAAAAGUAUUUAUAAAAACAGCAACAAAAUGAAACGAAGAAAAUUGUGUAUUGCAGUUCGCAACCACAAACACACACACACAUUCAACCAUACAUAAACAAUAAGAAAUUAAUAUAAUUAGAAUGAGCGUAUGCGCACACACACACACACUUGUGCAUUAAAUUAAAUUAAAAAUCAACUUUACACACACACACACAAGCACACCAUAAAUACGUGAUAUUUCAAUACGUCCAUGACUUUUUUGCUUCAAUUUGUCGUUACUUAUGUAUAGUUGGUUAGUAUUAAAAGCGCAUCGUAUUAAUUUAAUUGUAUUUUAAAUUUUUUCGCUUACUUUUUUCCACUUUUAUGCAUUUAAUUAUAGAAAUUAACGACAUAUGUCCAGCUACAAAAUAAGCUGUGCACGUUUCUUUCGGUUCUCCUCUUGAAUUGUUUGCAAAUAUUUAAUUUAAAUACACCAACAAAUAAAAAUGAGUAAUUAAUUGCAUUGAAAAUACGCAUGAAAUUACUUUAGAGCUGAAAAUCAAAGCUGCCACCUUGCGAAAUCAUUUUUAUUAACAUAUAUUUAUUUUUAACCAAUAUGAACCCUAAAUGUGGCAACAGUUUUUUUUUUAUGUGUCUAAAGUUAAAAAUUUCGAAAUGCUUUCUAAAAUUCUGCUGUUUUCGAAAAUGUAUAUUUAAAAAAAUUUUUUACACCACGAAGCUCAAAUGAAAUACAUAUGUUAGCUGAAAUUAUGUUGCCAGACUCUUAGACUAAUAUUUUUUUUAUGAACUAAUUUAUGUCUCUUUCAACACAAAAGCAUUUUCUGUAUAGUACAUAUAUGUUGUCACCUUCUGAAAUCGUUAUUAUUAAAAUAUGUAUAUUUACUUUUAUACUACACGAACCCAAAAUAAGGGCAAUAAUUUAUUUUUGUAUAUGGUUUAAAGAUGAAAAUUCUGCAAAAGCUUUCCGAAAUUCUUACAACACUGACUACUAGAUUUUCGAAAGCGAAUAUCUUACAAGCAAAAUUUUUUACAAAAAUAUUUAUUCAAAUGGAAGAAAGUUACAUAACUGAAUUUGUGUCAGUACUUAUAAUAUAUGUGCUCUUCUCCUCUCCACUUUCUGCUAAAGCAUGCUUUAUUCAAUAAUUAAAAAUUAAUUAACACAAAAUGAUUUUGUAAACAUAUAAGUACCUUAACACUUUUCAAGCGUUGCCAUCUUUUUUCUAAUUUUACUUUUAUAAAAAAAAAAAAAUUAUAUACCUAUAUAAAAUUAAUAAUAAUACACUGAACUUUUAAAUAACAAAGCUAGAAUAUUUAGUGAAAACUUGCAAAUGGCAGUGUAAAUUAAAAUUUCGGCUAACGCGAAUAAAAACAAACAUUUUAUGGUUUACAGCGCUAAUACUCGUACUCACAGCACUUCUUACAAUUUCACUUAGACUCCGGUUAGGUAACGCUUUGUUUUGAACAGAGUAAAAAAAAUUAAAAAUAAAAAUAUUAAAAUUUAAAAAAUUAAAAAACUUAAAAAAUUAAAAAUUAUAAACUUUUAAAUUUUAAAAAUUAAAAAAUUAAAAAACAGUGAAUAAAAAAUAAUUAAAAUUUAAAAAUUAAAUUUAUUUUGAAAUAACUAUUUUUAUAUGGUUUCUAUAUUAUUUUGCUGUCGAACAAAGAUUAAAAACUUUAAAUCAAAACAAAAAAAAUUUAAUUAACAAAAAUUUAAUAUAAAAACAAAUUGAAUUAAUAUAAAAAAAAUUAUUUUCAACACUUCUAUGAUAAGUUUGAUUUUGCUGUCGAUUUCAACAAAGAGUAAAAAACAAGAUUUUAUUAAUCAAAAGCAAUAUGUACACUUUCGAUGUUAUGCAAAGAACGUUGGUGGAAAAUACAAUAAAUAAAAUUCUAAGCAAACGAAAUGUAAAUAAUAAAUUCCUAUUUUAAUAAAAAAAUUAUUUCUAAAUAUAUACACUUAUCUGAUAAAAAAAAAUUCUAGGCAAGAAAUGAUGAAUGCUGUAAAUAUUGCAAGCAAUUGAGAAUGCAAAUUUUAACACCAGUAAAAUAUAUAUUUAGCAACUAACUGUAAAUAUAUGCAAAUGUUCAAUAAUUCAAUGUAUUCAAUAAGCAAUAAUCAAAAGAAAAAGACAAAUUAAAUUAUAUGUUUGUGUCUAAGUGCAUAUGACAAAGAAUUAAAAAUAUAAUUAACUAGAAAUAACUUGAAAAUAAUAUGAAAACAGUAUGCAAGUAGUUAGAGCACAAAGUUUAGGUGUUAGGCCAAGUGGUUGAAGGAAUGAAAUCAAAACUAAACAAUACAAACUUAAACAAAUUAUGUAAAUAUAUGCAUAUACAUACCUACAUGUAAACUACUUGUAUAAGUAAGUGUGUAGAAAUCACACGCAAAAGUUGUUACGAAUACUUUAUUAGGGAAAUCAAAACUGAAUUAAUUCUUUAACAAAAGUAAUUAAACCAAGCAUUACAGAAUACGCAUUUAAGCAUAAUGAAAAAAAAAAAAUAAAUAAAGUGAAAUUGAAUCUAUUGAAAAUUAAUGCAAAUGUUAGCAGUAAACGAGAGAGCAAUGCUUUUUAAAUUAAAAAUACAUAAAAAUUCAAUAAAAGAAGUUAUUAAAUACGAAAGUGAAAAAGAGAGAAACUAAAUAGCAAAUCUUCAAAUAAUUGUGUUAGUUACAAAAAAAAAUAAAAUAAAAAACUGGUUCAAAGGCGAGAAUAAAGCAGCAAAUAUAGAAUAUGAAUGUAUGUAUAUAGGAAUGUACGAUCGCAUGCAAAAUAUAGACAAACAAAUUGUUCGAAUAAAAUAAAUCAAAAUUUGCAAAAUCAUAAAUUCAAUGCGUUUAAUAGAAGUAAAAGGCGCUUACAGAGCGGUUAAGCGUGUCUAAAAGCCAAUUUAGAUGUUUUUAAAUAAAUUAUUUUGAUAUUUGAAAAUUUGCCAACUUGCCACUUGUCAUGCAACAAUCUAAAACAACUUAAUUGGCGUUGUUGCACUUUUUCUUUACUUUACUGUACUGUUGCAACAAAAUAGUAAAAUUUAACUUGAAAUUUACAACAAAAAUUUAAAUCUUGAAAAAAUAUCCACUCAACUAUUUUCUUCACACAUUGCCACUGCAAUGCCACAAACACAUUCGACAGCUACAAAAACAAUUUAGCUUGAAACGCCAAGAACAAAACUAAUUUGUAUGUGCUGUACAUACAAGUAUGCUAUGAAAUCUAAAUAUAAGAAAUUGCAGAAAUUUGCGAAGAAAUUUAGAAAUCAUAGAAAUCAAUUAGUCAAGCUUGAAAUGAACCUGGCAACUUAAAACUCAUGAAUUUGAGGCAUGUGCUAUUAUAGCAAAUUAAAUAAGUAAAUUAAUUGUGUGUCGAUGUUGAAAACUCUAGCAAAAUCAAAGUAGAAUGCAAAAAAAAAAAAUUGCAAAAGUAUCUGCCUAACAGCAGAGAAGUAAAUUUUAGUAACACACACAUACGCAUAAACAAUCGAAAUUGAGUAAAUUUAAUGAAAGAAAUGAAAGCAUAUAAAAUAAAAUUGAAGUAAUUGCAUUUGAAAUCAAAUAUGUAAAAUUAAUUUUAACGAAGCUACUGCAUUUCCAUGUAUGUAUGUAUGUUUAUGAGGGCAGAGAGAAGCAAAAAUUAUAUAUUAAUUACUAGAAUAAAUAAAAGUAUUGAGAGAUUUCCAAAUAAAAAACACAUAUCUAAA